UCACCGCGGUGUGAGAGGAAUGCAGCCCAUCGCUGAAUUAGCUUCUGUUGGAAUGUAUUCAUGUGUAACAUCCCACUGACUGGAUGACAUCACAACAGCUCCAGGUCCUUGAAAGUCUUGAGGAUGAUUAGCUGAAGGAAUUGGCUGUUUCUGCCAAUCAUAAUCCAGCAAAGCUGCCUUUAUAGUUCUGGAGAUAUGAGAGAGAGGGAGGGAGAGAAAGACCGACUACAGCUAAACAAGAGGCACAGCAGCACUAGCAACAGCAGAACAGGAGCAGCUGGUAUUCCGGUGAUUAAAUAGUUCUCAUAGCCUUUUUGCUGUACUCGGUCUGCUCCCUGGUGUAAUUCUCGUGUCCAAGAAGGAAGCUGCAUUUUAACGGUGUGCUGAACAGAGGUUUGAAUCAUUCCAGCUGGCUGCUUGUUUUGAAAAGGACAAUGUGUGUAUAAAUAAAAGGACUCUGCUGGAAGAGUUCAGAUACUAAGACUGGAGCUAGAGAGUGCUCUUGGAAUAUUGUUGAGGCAGAUUGCAUGAACUGAAAGCUCCUUCUAAUUAACCUGGAGCCAAGUGAACCUGAAUACUGGAUACCUCAUGUUCUAACUCGGGAUAAAUUCAAGUUAGGAAAAGGCAAAAUAUUGAAAUGCUUCUCUAGAUUAUGCUUAGAGGAUUCUGCAGCAAUUCUUGAUAUUGGACAUAUUCAAAGUCUCCUCAACUUAUGUCCUCCCCGUCUAUUGCCUUCCAGCUUUAACUCAGUUGUGCUCCCUUCAAACAUUUUACAUGAUUUGCAAUGGUUACAUGAACUCUGGGGAAGUCAUAUUUGCAACAUCUCAUACUUUAUUCACUAUGGCACUUUAGGAAAAGAAAUUGGGGAAAAGCUUCCAAAACAUUAUCUUAAAAAAUGAAUCUUAUUGUGAAACUUCGGAGAAGUUUUCGAACAUUGAUUGUUCUCUUAGCUACCUUUUGCUUGGUGAGCAUUGUCAUUUCUGCCUAUUUUCUCUACUCUGGCUACAAACAGGAAAUGACACUUAUCGAAACCACUGCAGAAGCAGAAUGCGCUGACAUCAAAAUUCUACCAUAUCGGUCAAUGGAGCUGAAAACAGUGAAACCUAUUGAUACAUCCAAAACUGACCCUACUGUCCUUCUCUUUGUGGAGAGCCAAUACUCUCAACUUGGUCAAGAUAUCAUAGCUAUUUUGGAGUCCAGCCGAUUUCAGUACCACAUGGUUAUUGCCCCUGGAAAGGGAGAUAUACCUCCUCUUACAGAUAAUGGCAAAGGGAAAUAUACUUUAGUUAUUUAUGAAAAUAUUCUGAAGUACGUCAGCAUGGACUCAUGGAAUCGAGAGCUUUUAGAAAAAUACUGUGUGGAAUACAGUGUUAGUAUAAUCGGUUUUCAUAAAGCCAAUGAGAACAGCUUACCAAGUACACAAUUAAAAGGCUUUCCGUUAAACCUUUUCAAUAAUCUAGCUCUAAAGGACUGUUUUGUUAACCCUCAAUCUCCUUUGCUACAUAUUACCAAAGCCCCCAAGGUUGAGAAAGGCCCUCUUCCUGGGGAAGACUGGACUAUUUUCCAAUAUAAUCAUUCAACCUACCAGCCUGUACUUUUAACUGAAUUACAGACAGAAAAAUCCCUUUCAUCCUUGUCUAGCAAAAAACUCUUUGCAACGGUGAUUCAGGAUCUGGGGCUUCAUGAUGGAAUUCAGCGAGUACUUUUUGGCAACAACUUGAACUUUUGGCUGCACAAGCUCAUCUUCAUAGAUGCCAUCUCCUUCUUGUCAGGGAAGAGGCUGACAUUGUCCUUGGACAGGUACAUCCUUGUGGACAUUGAUGAUAUAUUUGUUGGGAAAGAGGGAACAAGGAUGAAUGUCAAAGAUGUGAAGGCAUUACUAGAGACUCAAAAUUUACUGCGCACUCAGGUUGCAAAUUUUACCUUCAACCUUGGAUUUUCAGGGAAGUUUUACCACACAGGGACAGAAGAGGAAGAUGAAGGAGAUGACCUUUUACUUCGGUCUGUGGAUGAGUUCUGGUGGUUUCCUCACAUGUGGAGCCACAUGCAGCCCCACCUCUUCCACAAUGAGUCAUCUUUAGUAGAGCAGAUGAUUCUCAACAAGGAAUUUGCACUGGAACAUGGAAUACCAAUCAACAUGGGCUAUGCUGUGGCCCCACAUCACUCAGGGGUCUACCCGGUUCACAUUCAGCUGUAUGCAGCUUGGAAGAAGGUCUGGGGUAUUCAAGUCACCAGCACUGAAGAAUAUCCACAUCUGAAACCUGCCCGGUACAGAAAGGGCUUCAUUCACAAUAGCAUCAUGGUCCUCCCUCGACAGACUUGUGGGUUGUUCACUCACACUAUUUUCUACAAAGAAUAUCCAGGAGGACCCCAAGAACUGGAUAAAAGUAUCAGAGGAGGUGAACUUUUUCUCACAAUCCUUCUAAACCCAAUCAGCAUUUUCAUGACCCAUUUAUCAAACUAUGGAAAUGACCGCCUAGGGUUGUAUACCUUUGUGAACUUGGCCAACUUUGUGCAGAGCUGGACCAACCUGAAAUUGCAAACUCUGCCUCCAGUGCAGCUGGCCCACAAGUAUUUUGAGCUCUUCCCUGAGCAGAAAGACCCUCUAUGGCAGAAUCCAUGUGAUGAUAAACGACACAAAGACAUCUGGUCCAGAGAGAAAACUUGUGACCACUUACCAAAAUUUCUAGUAAUUGGUCCACAAAAAACAGGAACAACUGCACUUUAUUUAUUUCUUCUAAUGCAUCCUUCAAUCAUCAGCAAUCUCCCUAGUCCAAAGACAUUUGAGGAAGUUCAGUUCUUUAAUGGCAACAACUAUCACAAGGGAAUAGACUGGUAUAUGGACUUUUUCCCUACACCGUCCAAUACUACAAGUGACUUUCUGUUUGAAAAGAGUGCUAAUUACUUCCAUUCGGAGGAAGCUCCCAAACGAGCUGCAUCUCUUGUCCCCAAAGCCAAGAUCAUCGCCAUCCUUAUUGACCCCUCAGACAGGGCAUACUCUUGGUACCAGCACCAACGAUCACAUGAAGAUCCAGCUGCUCUGAGGUUCAAUUUCUAUGAAGUUAUUUCAGCAGGACAUUGGGCUCCAUCUGACUUAAAAACUUUGCAGAGAAGAUGCCUAGUACCUGGAUGGUAUGCAGUCCACAUAGAAAGAUGGCUAACUUACUUUGCUACUUCUCAGUUGCUAAUUAUUGAUGGACAGCAGCUGAGAUCUGACCCAGCUACUGUGAUGGAUGAAGUCCAGAAGUUUCUGGGAGUUACACCUCAUUAUAAUUACUCCGAAGCACUAAUGUUUGAUCCCCAAAAGGGUUUUUGGUGUCAAUUACUGGAAGGAGGAAAGACAAAAUGCCUUGGAAAAAGCAAAGGCCGAAAAUAUCCACCUAUGGAUCCAGAGUCUAGAACUUUCCUCUCUAAUUACUACCGAGAUCAUAACGUGGAACUAUCCAAACUGCUACACAGACUGGGACAGCCUCUGCCAUCAUGGCUGAGACAGGAACUGCAGAAAGUGAGAUAGCACUGGAGACAAGAACCAAGCCUCUCAAGAUACUUUUAGUG